AUGGCCGAUCUCGAUGUGGACGCGAUGCUAGAUGGCGCUCUCGCUGGAUCGCCGUCUGUAAGUUUUUUUCUUAUUGUGGUUGCAAAUAGCUCAUUAGAGAGUUGUUUCAAACAAUCAAAGAUAAGUUUACAGUAGAAAAUUUUCGAAGUUUUGCACCUAGAAAACGCGUAUUUAAAAAAAAAAAAAGUUUUCAUGUCCUAAUGAAAUUCGGAAGUGAUCUUUUUUUCAAGCUUUAGAUUUUUUUCACUUUUUUUAUAAGAUUUCAGAAACUCAUGCUCAGAAACUGGAAAGUGUGACUUCGCGGAAAAAAGAUUAGUAAAUGAAGAAUGAACGGAAAAAAAUUUUUUUUAAUUAAAACUGACCAAUUGAAAGUCCCAAAGUUUUGUGGAUCGCUUUCUGUUAUUUGAAAAAUAGAAAAAAAUGACCGGAAAUUUUAAUGGUCGCUGAAAAAAAUAAAUCUUGUGAAUUAAUUGUAAAAUGCAAAAAGUUUAAAUAAGAUCUUUGCUUUAUGAUUCAAUUAAUUUUUUUUUUAGGAAAAAUUCGAAUUUUACACCAAAAUUUUGAUUUUUAGGCCGCUGAUGCGAAAGAAAACGAGGUAAAAGAUGAUACUACAAGCUCUUCAAAACGCGAAAAGAGCAAAUCGAGGUUUGUGUGGAUUUACAUUUUGAGUUUGAGUUGGUUGAGAAACGUACAAAGAUACGGCUUAAAAAUAGCGCUCGUCCUAUGAUGUGUCAUGUUUGUAGGCGCGAAAUUGCGCUGUAUAUUCUCGCUUGAGUCUCACUGUCUGAGAAAAAUCAUCUCCUGGCCCGACUUCUCUCACAGCGACCGAAGAAAGGUACGCUCGUGUCCACGGAAUUGGCGCCCAAAACCGUUUCCAAUCGAAUCCAUGGAGAAAUUCUUCGAAAUCGAAGCUUUUUUUUAAUCUCUAAAGGCAGUUCUUCUCUUCUUUCUAUCGAGUCAUCAAAAAAAAAAACCUCGUUUUUGGAAGGGAGAAUAGUCGAUUGGAAACGGCGCGCCGUAUUGUUCCAGGCUGUGGCACGACGCGUAGUGUGAACGAUGCAGCAUUUGGAGCGAUAAAACGACAUGAAAACGUCUUUUUAUAAUUGUUUUCAGGCAUAGGUGUCCCCGACUCUUCACAAUAUAAUGAUCCCCCGUGAAUGUUCGUUUGUGAAAUAUUAUAUUAAAUUUGGCCAUUUGUGCUUAUUAUCCUUCAAAAAUGGGGAAGGGAGUUCGAAAGAAACAGAAGCUCUGUAAUGGAAAUUCAAAAGAGCCUAGAAAGGAGUUUUUCCUAAUAGUUUGAGACGAAAAAUCUUCAUCGUUACACUUUUUUUCAAGUUUGUGAACGCGGAAAAAAGUACCAGAAAAUCCUGUACUUUCUAAUUUUUGCAAAUCGAAGUCUAGCUCCAUAUAUUCAUGUUUCCCCACACAGAUUCAUAUACAUCAGCUAUCAAAGCGAUUCAGGUCUCGUUCGCGUAGUCGUGACCGUAAGAAGAGAAAGCGCAGCUCGAGUCGCGACAGAAGACGUUCCCGAAGCAAAAGCCGCGAUCGUCGCCGAAGAAGGUCUCGUUCGAGGUCGAAUCGCAGAAGAAGCCGCAGUCGCGACAACCGCAGACGAUCCAGGUAUUAUUCGUUACACUAACAUCAAAUAAUGCAUUUUCCUUUGUAGAUCUCGUUCCCGCGAUCGCAGACGCCGCAGCCGUUCUCCUUAUCGACGCCCACGUGUCAUCGACCACAGAGAUCGUCGAAUGUCGCCUCGUCGUUCGCCGCCCCGAGGUCAGUGUAAAGUAACAACAUCAAGCUUAGAAUAAAUAUUUUGCAGGACGUCUUCCUGGUCCAGAACGUCGUGAUGUCAUGCCGUUCACUGCAAGACAUGCGCCCCCGAAAGACGCUCGCGUUGAAUUGUCCGCUGAGGAAAGAGACCAAAGAACUUUGUUCAUCAUGCAGGUUUCUUGUCCGUCAAAUUAAAUCGGCAUUGUUAUAAUUGCAGAUAGCCAGACAGACGCGGCCACGGGAUCUUGAAGAAUUUUUCUCGGCUGUUGGAAACGUCCGAGAUGUUCGUAUCAUCACAGAUUCGAGGACGGGAAGGUCCAAAGGAAUCGCCUACGUCGAGUUUUGGGAAGAAGAAAGUGUCCCACUGGGCCUCGCUCUCUCUGGCCAGAGGCUCAUCGGUAUGUUUUAUCUUGGAAGUUUAAAAAGAUUUUAUACGCUCAAAGUUUUAUAUCGCAAACUGUAUACAAUUUCAUCUCGAAGCUUUGUGCUUUUGUGGCUUAAAAAAAAUAUAAAUGCAGAAAACAGCUGCGAAAAACAGUUUAUCAUGAUCACUUUUCCAAUUAAAAUUCAGACGUUUACAUAUUUAUCUUUUCUUAAAGCUUGAAUUUUCAGGAGCUCCAUUGCUCAUUCAACGUACUUGCUCGGAGAGAAACAGAGCAGCUAACGCCUCUGCCGUUACUUCUCUCGGGUUCGGUCCAGCAGUUAAUAAGGUUUUUUUUUCCUUUUAUGGAAAGUUUUCAAGUCAAUAUCUUUACAGGGUCCAUGCAAACUCAUCGUCGAAAACCUACACCCGAAGAUUUCUGAUUCCAUGCUUCAAGAAGUUUUCGAGGCGUUCGGUAGAAUUGAAAGCCUCGAAUUGCCUAAAGACGCGUCUGGUGACGGCCAAGGCAGAGCUACCAUAACGGUGAGCGAAAAUAUUUUGAAUAUUUUCAUAUAAAAUGAUCUUGCAGUUCCGCAACGCUGAGGACGGAACUAAAGCGAUGGAACAGCUCAACAACUUCGAACUGGCCGGAAAGAAUAUCAGAAUUUCUGUCCAUAACUCAGAAGAAGAGUCGAUCCGACAGAGAAGCUUGGACGACAUUGAAGAUCGACAAGGACUCGUUUCUGGAGCAGGUGGCCGAAUGCAACUCAUGGCCAAGCUUGCGCAAGGAACUGGUUAGAUUAUUCCUUCUUUGAAAAAUAUACAUAUUAAAAAUAUUUUUAGGAGGUGGUAUGGAACUUCCUGGAAGCGCGAAGCAAGUCAUCGAACACGCAAACGAUCCAAGUAUCCCGGCGAUCGCCACCCAGUGCUUCAUGCUCUCCAACAUGUUCGACCCAGCCAAAGAAACUGAGCCUAAUUGGGAAGAUGAGGUCAAGGAAGUGAGUAUCUAGUUUUCUUGUUCUCAAAUAAAAUCCCCCUUUCCCAGGACGUUAUCGAAGAGUGCACUAAACACGGAGGAGCCCUGCACGUUUUUGUCGACAAGGGCAGCGAGCAAGGCAACGUCUACGUAAAAUGUCCAUCCGUCCUCGCAGCUCACAAAUCCGUCUCAGCUCUUCAUGGCCGUUGGUUCAGUGGAAAGGCGAGUUUAUUUUCUUCAACUAGAAAAUUUUAUUUUUUUUUUCUUUUGACUUUAAUUUUCUCUUGCCUAAAAAAAGAAGGGAUUAAUGGAUAAAGGAAUCCAAGAGGCUUGACUCAAAAACUACGUGAUUUAGAAGCUCUAGACGCUUUUUCUGAUCAUGGGUGAGAAUUUUUUGGAAAUUCUGUGUUGAAAUUUCUUCAGACAAUACGGAAACUGAUAUUAUCACUUUUUGUUAGGCGCUCAACGUUAACAGAUAUAUCGACAAUGGAAGAGAAAGUUUGAAGUAAGCCAUGUGAAAAACUUCAGGUGAUAACAGCAAACUAUGUACCGGUCUCCUCCUACCACGAGUUGUUCCCUGACUCUGUCGCGGCUCGCUCCGUCCUGAUCUCCAGAAAUCAGCCAGCAGCGAUGCCGGGAAUGCCCGGUAUGCCUGGCAUGCCAGGAAUGCCUCCUGUUGUACCUGCGGUUCGUUUCUUCAAAACUAGUAAGCUCAAUAAUAACUCGAUUUUCAGGCCUAUGGCUAUGGAAUGCCGAUGCCGAUGAUGCCGCCUCCCCCACCAAUGCCUGGCUACGGCGGUGGAUAUUAUUAA